AAACACACACACACACACACACAUUUCCAUAUAUCACCCACCAUCCCUUCUUCACUUCCACUUUCUUUCGCAUUUCCACCCCAACAUUUCUCAAUAAUACCAUUUUCACCACAAAACGGAAAAAAUGGAGCCCAACUCACCUCUCCUAUCCCCCACGCCGCCGUCCACCGGCAAAGGCAUCGUCUCCUCGCUAAUGGCGGCCGCUGGCGGCGGCCGCAAAACCUUCCAGGAGGACACCUACCUCGCCGCCCACCUCCGGACCUCCGAGAAAAAGGCCCUCCAGGAGCUCAAGGACCGGCUCGCCGCCACCCCCUCCGCCGCCUCCGCCUCCAUGUGGGGCGUCCCCCUCCUGCCGGAAAAACCCGACGACGGCGGCCGCGCCGACGUCGUCCUCCUGAAGUUCCUCCGCGCCCGCGACUUCCGCGUCCCGGACGCCCUCGAGAUGCUCACCCGCUGCCUCUCCUGGCGGCGCGAGUUCGGCGCUGACGGCGUGGUGGCGGAAGAGCUCGGCUUCGGCGACCUCGAGGGCGUCGUCGCCUACAUGCACGGCGAAGACCGCCACGGCCGCCCCGUCUGCUACAACGCCUACGGCGUGUUCCGCGACCGGGAGAUGUACGACCGGACGUUCGGCGACGGCGAGCGGCUCCGGCGGUUCCUCCGGUGGCGCGUGCAGGUGCUUGAGAGGGGUAUCAAGAUGCUCGAGUUCAAGCCCGGCGGCGUGAACGCCAUUAUUCAGGUCACCGACCUUAAGGACAUGCCGAAAAGCGAGCUUCGUGUAGCGUCCAAUCAUAUUUUGUCGCUCUUUCAGGAUAAUUAUCCUGAGAUGGUUGCUAGAAAGAUCUUUAUAAAUGUGCCGUGGUACUUUAGCUUGCUGUAUUCGAUGUUUAGUCCAUUUCUGACACAAAGGACCAAGAGCAAGUUCGUGAUAUCCAAGGAGGGAAAUUGUGCCCAGACACUCUACAAGUUUAUCAGGCCGGAAAAUGUGCCGGUCCAGUACGGAGGUCUGAGCAGGCCGGGUGAUGAGCUGGACGGUCCGGCUAGACCAGCGUCGGAAUUCACGGUCAAAGGUGGAGAGAAAGUGAACAUUCAGAUUGAGGGCAUUGAGGGUGGGUCAACAAUAACAUGGGAUAUAGUGGUGGGUGGAUGGGAAGUGGAGUACAGUGCAGAGUUUGUACCUAACGCCGACGGCAGCUACACCAUCGCCGUCGACAAGUCACGGCGGCUUGCCGCCAAUGAAGAGGCCGUUCACGACUCGUUUACGGCCAGGUUUGCCGGAAAAUUGGUGCUCUCAGUCGACAACACAGCCUCGCGCAAGAAAAAAGUGGCGGCCUACCGAUACAUAGUCCAAAAAUCCUAAGUUAAUUUUCUUGAAUAUAUAAGUUUUAUUUAAAUUAAUUUUCUGGUUCUAGUAUGUACGUUGUAUGCUUUUUAUGUGUAGCUUUGAUUAGUUUUUUGGGAUUAAUGUUGCUACUUGAAUUGAUGUUUAGAAAUGUUGUUUCAUGUUCAAUUAAAUGCAUGUUUCUCCAUGAAACCUAACUAUAAAUCUUAGGGUGUUUGUAGGUUGUGACAUACAGAGAGAAAUGUUAUUAAUUAAAGUCAGUAUAAUAUUUUUUAUUUUAGUUGACAUUUAGGUUAUCCACUUUUGAUUAUUAUUAUAUUCUCUAGCAAUAUUGGUAGCAC